UUCUCAACCCGCCUCCAAGCCCUCACGCCUCUUCCACCUUGCAGAAAACAGAGGCUAGCUCUUCCACCCUUUUCCACCGUCGCGGAAGACAUAGAAUCUUUCACCUUCUUCUAGCAGCAAAGGCCGAAUGACCCAAUCGUUCCAACAGCCACUCUUAAUCAUAAGGCCUAACAAUCGAAGGGGUAAAUUACAAAUCUGGAGUCGGCUUGUUGUCUGAAUCGCUGUGGAAAAUACAGGCAGUUACAUGGAUAAGUCUUGGAUUCAUCAUCACACUAGGGGUAGUGUAAAGUAUUUUGAUGGCAUACACGACUUCAUUGAUGUGGCUAGGCAUCAUGCAGAAGUAGACGGUAGGUCCCGAUGUCCAUGUCGUUGUUGCAAAAAUAAGACUUAUCGACAAAUUGAAGAAGUUAAGCAGCAUCUCUUGAGUUAUGGGAUGGACAAGGGGUAUACCAAUUGGAUAUAUCAUGGGGAGGAUCAUCAAAGCAACACUAAUGUUAAUAUUGAUGCUAAUGUUAGUGGGGAAAAUGUCCACGAUGAAGAUGGAAAUGUAGAUAAUGUGUUUGAAUUGUUGGAUAACAUACAAAUGGGAAACUUCACUAAUACACAACAACAAGAAGAUUUCCCUAAAGUUGAUGUUGGAGGAGGAAGCUUUGAUAGAUUGUUAAAUGAUGCACAAUGUGAAUUAUGGCCAGGUUGUAAAAAAUACUUUAAGUUGUCAGCGAUAUUAAAGUUGUUCUAUGUGAAGGUUACAAGCCAAAUGAGCAACAAAUCAUUUGACAUGAUGCUUGAUGCAUUUAAGAAUAUGCUUCCCGACGACAAUGUGUUACCAAAGUCUCAUUACGAGACUAAAAGCUUGUUACGAGACUUGGGUCUCAGAUAUGAUUGUAUACAUGCAUGUAAACAUGAUUGUGUUCUAUUUUGGAAGGAGAAUGUAGGUAAAGAAAAUUUUCCACAGUGUGGUGAACUGAGGUAUAAACCUCACGAAGGUAAGGGUAAGAAAAUCCCUCAAAAGGUUAUCCGGCACUUCCCUUUGAAAUCGAGACUUCAACGGUUGUUUAUGUUAAAGGAUACAGCCUUAGACAUGCGGUGGCAUAAGGAGAAACAUGUGAAGGAGACAAAUGAGUUAAGACAUCCAGCUGACUCAAAAGCUUGGGAGGAUUUUGAUAGUAAGCAUAAUUGGUUUGCUGCUGAUCUUCGUAAUGUUUGUGUUGGAUUAGCAACUGAUGGAUUCAAUCCAUUUGGUAACAUGAGCAAUGCGUAUAGUAUGUGGCCUGUGAUGAUUGUUCCUUACAAUUUGCCACCUUGGAUGUGUAUGAAGGAGCCAUAUAUAUUUAUGUCGUUGCUUAUUCCUGGUCCAACAUCGCCUGGUAAUGAUAUUGAUGUGUACAUGCAACCUUUGGUUGAAGAGUUAAAAGAAUUGUGGCGGGAUAGUGUGAUGACGUAUGACGCCUACAGUAAAUGUAACUUUAAAAUGUAUGCGGCAAUGAUUUGGACCAUUAGUGAUUUUCCCGCUUAUGCGAUGGUAUCUGGAUAGAUGACAAAGGGUUAUAUAGUAUGUCCAAAUUGUAACAAAGAAACAUGUUCUUGUUAUUUGGAACACGGAUGUAAGAUAUGUUACUUGGGAAGUUGUAUGUUUUUAUCGUUAGAUCACAUUUUCAGAAAACAUCACAAGCAAUUUAAUGGCAAAAGUGAAGACAAAGGGCCACCAAAGCAGUUGACAGGUGAUGAUAUUCUGGAACAACUUAACCUCAUACCCGAGGUUAGUUUCGGAAAGGGACCAAAUAAAAAGAAGCGAACUCGUGAGGAAUUUGAACUUAACUGGACGAAGAAGAGUAUUUUUUUUGAACUACCUUAUAUGUAUAUAGAGAAAAAUAUAUGCGAUAGUGUGUUGGGGACAUUAUUGGACAUUGAAGGGAAAACUAAGGACACGUUCAAAAGUCGGUUGGAUUUAGAAGCAAUGGGGAUUAGAAAAGAACUCCACCUGAGGCGUAAUGGUGAAAAAUUUGAGAUGCCACAAGCGCGCUACACAUUGUCAAAGAAUGAUAAAAGGCAACUAUGUGAAUGGCUAAAAUCGGUUAAGUUUCCAGAUGGCUAUGCAUCGAACAUAAGUCGGUGUGUGAAUGUUAAUAAUUGUAAGAUAUCUGGAUUGAAAAGUCAUGAUUCACAUGUUCUCUUACAACGUCUCCUCCCUAUUGCUAUACGAGGAUUCUUAAAUUCAGAUAUUUGUAACACAAUAGUUGAGCUUGGUUUAUUCUUCAAAGAAUUGUAUUGUCGAACUGUUAAAGUGGAUGUCUUAGAGGCAAUGGAAAGGGACAUUGCUGUUAUACUAAGCAAGUUAGAGAUGAUGUUUCUCCAUCAUUUUUUGACAUUAUAGUGCACUUGGCUUUGCAUUUGCCGCGUGAAGCCAUCAUCGCAGGCCCUGCACAAUAUCGAUGGAUGUACCCGAUUGAAAGGUGCUGUACAUUUUUAGUAAACCAACAUUCCUCUUUUUUUUUUUUUUUUUUUUUUU